AUGUCAGAGGAAGUUUUAAACAUAGACGAACUUGGGAACUACGAAGUUGAAAAUAGUGAAAAUGAAGAGAGCGCUUUUUCGGAUUUUAUCAGAGAAAUUUCGGCACCGCUGGCAGUGGCGAUUCCAGCCAUUGCGGGGGUGCUCAUCGCCUGCGUUAUUCUUUUUUGCUACAAAGCCUUCAUCGACAAAAUGAACACUCCGGUUGGCGGCUUCUCGAUUAUUUUAAAUCAACAAUAG